ACUUGUCAAAGAGACUUGUUAAAGAGACUUGUCAAAGAGACUUGUCAAAAAUACUUGUCAAAAAUACUAGCUAAUGAGACUAAUCAAAGAGACUAUCCAAUGAGACUAUCCAAAGAGACUAGCCAAAGAGACUAG